AUGACCAAACUCGUAGUAGCGUGUGUGUUUAUUGCCGUAUCCUUAUUCGGUUUUGUUCAAGGAUCAGAUCUCAUUAUGGGAAGCAUCGGAAGUGGUGAUCGUUUGCUUUAUUCACAAAUUUCGACAGCCCCGGGCAUUCCAGGCGGACUUGCGUACCUGGCGGUGAACUAUACGGGCGACUACAGCAUCACCGCCCUUCGCGCUUUCGAUCGAUCAAUUAAUCGUUCUGGCAGUGUGGUUUUAACCGGUGGUGGUUUCUUACAGCGAUUCGUUAAUUUGGCGCUCCAGACACGAGUCGUCGGAGAUCCAGUCGAAUACUUGGUGGAAAUUUACGGACGAUAG